GCACAGCCCCGAUUCCAGGCUGGAAUUCGCGGCUGGCACAGCUGAUUCGGGGCUGGAAUUCCCACCUGGAAUCCGCUCCCUAAAGGGUGUCCCGGCUGGAAAGGGCCGUCCCCAUCGCCAUCCUUCCCCUCCUCCCCGCUCCCCGGUCCCUCCCACUCCCUCCCAGCGCUCUCCCGCUGUCAGGGAGCCGGGAAAAGUUUGGGAUAAGGGUCGGGAUCUGGGCUCGGAGCUCCCAGUCCCGCCGAUGCUCGGCAGCGGGGAUUGCGGCAGCCGGCGAUUCCAUGGAUAUUCCCAGCGGGAUUCUCCUGGCCUGCUCCCUCUGCCUCCUGCCCGGAUUUGGGAAUUCCUUCAACAUCGACACCAAGAGGCCCCAGAUCAUCGCGGGAUCCAGGGAAUCUUUUUUUGGAUACACGGUGCAGCAGCACGACAUCGGCGGCAAGAAAUGGCUGGUGGUGGGAGCUCCGUACGAAUCCAACGGGCAGCAGAAAACCGGAGACGUCUACAAGUGUCCAGUGCUGAGUGACGACCACGGAAACUGCACCAAGCUCAACCUGGGGCGGGUGACGCUGUCCAACGUGUCGGAGCGCAAGGACAACAUGCGCCUGGGCCUGAGCCUGGCCACCAACCCCAGGGACAGCAGCUUCCUGGCCUGCAGCUCCCACGAGUGUGGCAGCUCCUACUACACCACGGGAAUGUGUUCCCGCGUCAACUCCAACUUCCGCUUCUCCAGAACCGUGGCUCCGGCUCUGCAGAGAUGCCAGACCUACAUGGACAUCAUCAUCGUUCUGGAUGGAUCCAACAGCAUUUAUCCGUGGGUUGAAGUCCAGCACUUCCUGAUAAAUAUCCUGAAAAAGUUUUACAUUGGUCCUGGACAGAUCCAGGUGGGAGUGGUGCAGUACGGAGAGGACGUGGUCCAUGAGUUCCACCUGAACGACUACAGGUCCGUGCAGGACGUGGUGGCGGCCGCCAGCCACAUCGAGCGGAGGAGCCCCUUGGAGCUGGCGGGGCUGAGCAGCCCAGGGCAUCUCUUCACUUGCAGCUCGGAAGCGUUUCGGAAAGGUGGCCGGAAAGGGGCAAAGCGAGUAAUGAUUGUCAUCACAGAUGGAGAGUCCCACGACAGCCCAGACCUGGAGAAGGUGAUCGAGGACAGCGAGAGGGACAACGUCACCAGAUACGCGGUGGCGGUCCUGGGUUAUUACAACAGGAGAGGAAUCAACCCCGAGGCCUUUCUGAACGAGAUCAAGUUCAUCGCCAGCGACCCCGACGACAAACACUUCUUCAACGUCACCGACGAGGCGGCCCUCAAGGACAUCGUGGAUGCCCUGGGAGAGAGGAUCUUCAGCCUGGAAGGAACCAACAAGAAUGAGAUCUCCUUUGGACUGGAAAUGUCCCAGACUGGAUUUUCAUCCCACGUUGUGGAAGACGGGAUCCUGCUGGGAGCAGUGGGAGCCUACGACUGGAACGGAGCUGUCCUGAAGGAGACCAGCAGCGGGAAGGUCAUCCCCCUGCGGGAAUCCUACCUGCAGGAAUUCCCAGAGGAGCUGAAAAACCACGGGGCCUACUUAGGUUACACCGUCUCCUCCGUCGUCUCCACCAAGCACGAGCGCAUUUACGUGGCGGGAGCGCCGCGCUUCAACCACACGGGCAAGGUCAUCCUGUUCACCAUGCACAGCAACAGGAACCUCACCAUCCACCAGGCCCUCAAGGGAGAGCAGAUCGGCUCCUACUACGGCAGCGAGAUCAAUUCCCUGGACGUGAACGGCGACGGCGUCACCGACGUGCUGCUGGUGGGAGCGCCCAUGUUCUUCAGCGAGGGCAGGGAGAGGGGCAAGGUCUACGUGUACACCCUGCACGGGAACCUCUUUGUUCCCAGCGGAGCCCUGGUGGACCUCCAGAGUUACCAGAAUUCCCGCUUUGGCUCCUGCAUCGCCGCCGUUCCCGACCUCAACCAGGACUCCUACAACGACCUGGUGGUCGGGGCCCCUCUGGAGGACGAGCACCAAGGAGCCAUUUACGUUUUCCUGGGAUUCCAGGAGACCAUCCUGAAGAAGUACAAGCAGCGGAUCGCGGCCGCCGACCUCGCCCCGGGCCUGAUGUAUUUUGGAUGCAGCAUCCACGGGCAGCUGGACCUGAACGAGGACGGGCUCGUGGACCUGGCCGUGGGCUCGCUGGGGAACGCCGUGGUGCUCUG